CCUUGAAUUAUUAACAAAGAAGCUUUCUUUGCACAAAAGAAAAGGACAGAAAAAACUUUCUUUUGUCACUUGCUUCUUCUGUGUGUUGCCUUUCGUAAUUUUCCACGGAAAAAGAAAUCUCAACUUUCUCACAACCAGAUCUUGAAUUUCGACUCUGGUCUGGUCUCUCUGAGUAACUUAGGGUUUCGUAGGAGCGAAAAUGUUGGUGCCGAGGGAGAUAGAGAGCUUGGAAAUAGUUUUGGGCUUUUGGAGACUCUCCGGCCAUGGGUUCCUCUUCUCCUUCACGCUUCUUGUCGCUCUCAAACUUGACCAUCUUCUUUCUGAUUCAUGGUGGUGUGUAUUUACACCCUUGUGGUGGCUGUGUCAUGCUGUGAUUUCCUCCGGUAGAUUUUCGUUGCCUACUCCACCAAUGCCUCAUGAUAAGGAUUGGGCUCCUUUUCACUCUGUCAUGGCAACACCACUGCUUCUUGCUUUUGAGAUCCUGCUCUUUCUACAUCUUGAAGAUAAAUAUGCCCUUGACUUAAAGUUUGUCUUCUUACCAUUGCUUGCAUUCGAGGUAGCCAUUUUGGUAUAUAAUGUCAGUCAGUGCUUCACAGUAAGGCCUACAGAUGAGGAAACUAUGGGUGAUGAACCACUUCUCUACACAUGGGCUUCCAUAUGGAUGGUUUCCUUCAUUGCUGCCAUUACCUUCACUCUUGUUAAAGCACGUGGUGAUGUAGCUGCGGUGGACUGGUGGGACUUAUCUAUAAACUUGGGUAUAGCAGAGUGCUUUGGCUUUCUUGUCUCCACAAAGUUGAACAAUAUCCAUAGAGUAAUGUAUUGGGAGCAGCACAGCAACAGAGAAUGCGGUGUCCUAGAUAUUGGUGGAUAUCUAAUGAAAAUUCCAUUCAUUAUCUUUCAAAUCAUCCUUUUAAUGAGCUUAGAGGGAACACCUGCUUCUCCCAAAAACAUUCCGAUUGUAGUUCUGUUUGCACCUCUUUUUCUGCUACAAGGAGCUAGGGUGCUUUUUGUUACAUUUAUUUCAUUUGCGAUAUCUGUCUCGUGGAUAUAUAGUGUUGGUGGUCCGUAUGGAAGAUAUUUAGCGAGAUCAUCGGCCCGUGUAUUCGGGGGAUUCUUUCAAUAUUGUAAAAGAUUACUUGGCGGGUGGUUUAUCAAUAAAGGAAGUCAGGAGGAACAAGUUAGGCUCCACAAUGGAGAAGCUACCGGAUACAACACAUUCUCACCAGAGGUUGUGAAGAAAAUGCCAAAGUCUGAUCUUGUUGAAGAGGUAUGUAGACUACAAGCUGCAUUGAGUGAGCAAACAGAUAUCAGCAAGCAGGAGAAGAAUCUUUGCAAAGUUUGCUUUCAGGAUCCGGUCAACGUGGUUCUGUUCCCAUGUAGACAUUACGUCCUCUGCAGCACGUGCUGCAAGAAAUGCACGACAUGUCCGAUGUGUCGUGUAUUGAUUAAGCAUCGUGUGCCUGUAUACAAUGCGUAGAGAUUUCAGACGACACCAUGGUGAAAAAGAUGUUUACUACUUUCUAAAUGUCGUGUCUUGAUUAAACUUCUUGUAAUAACUACACGACAUCAACUGCUUACGUGUAACAAAAAUUAAUGUGCUUCUAACUACAUCAAUUAUAUAAUUGAUGUAUAUCAACUAAAUAUGGUUAUGUAAGUGACAUCACAGCCACAUAGUUUUAUAUUGAACCAAUGUACCUAA